AUGUGGACAAGUGAAGUGUCCAAUAAAGAGACGAAGAAGAUUCUGGAGAAAACUAUGAACGCGCAAAGAAAGCAUUGGGCAAUGAAGUUAUAUGAUGCUCUGUGGACCUAUCGAAUAGAGUAUAAAACACCUAUUGGGACUUCUCCCUACAGGUUAGUCUAUGGAAAGGCGUGUCACUUGCCUGCUGAGUUGGAGCACAAAGCUUAUUGGGCAAUCAAAAAGCUCAAUCUUGAUAUGAACUUGGCAGGCGAGAGACAGUUGUUGCAGCUGUAUAAGCUCGACAAGUUUAUACUGGGGGCGUAUGAGAACUCCAAGUUGUACAAAGAGAAAAUGAAGAGGUGGCAUGACAAACACAUUCAGUGUCAUGAAUUCGAGCCAGGGCAGCAAGUACUCUUGUUCAACUCUAGAUUGCGGUUAUUUCCUAGCAAGUUGCAGUCCCGAUGGUAG